AACAUUUCCACUUGUCAUCCGUUUUCUUUCUGUUCUUCACUUCUUGUCUUUGUUUUCACAUUUGGUGAGAUUAUUUGUGGUAUAAACAUCACGAUAUUAUCAUUUUCCAUUUCUUCUGCCCAUCUGCCUCUGAUUAGUUUGUUCUUUCUUAUGCCAUCAAAUAUCAUCUUGAAGAAGAUUAACAAUUAGGAAAGGGGCUGGAAAGUUUGUUGUUCAGGUUGAACCCAGAUCAACUCUUUCAAACAUCUUUCAUCACUCCAUAAACCACUGACAAUUAGUUUCUCAAUUUUCACCAAACCUCCUGAAAUUUCUGACUCACAAAAAAAAAAUUCCCGAAACUUGAGUGCGAGAAGUAAUGGCAGAGAAUUCUGUAGCUUUUCUGCUUAAAGAACUGUCAACCUUCCUCCUUCAGCAGAAUACUAAUCUGGGUAGUGGACUUGAAAAAGACGUGCAGUUCAUCAAAGAUGAGCUGGGAAGCAUGAGGGCUUUCCUCAGAGAUGCUGAGGCUAAAGAAGAUGAUGUCUAUGAGCUUCAAGAAUGGCUUAGGCAAGUGCGAGAGGUUGCUUCUGAUACAGAAGAUGUUCUUGAUGAAUUUGAAAUGAAGUUUGGUUGUCAUCAUGCUGAUGGGCUACUCGGGCGCAUUAAAAAGAUAUUUUGCUCAGUCAAGAAUGUAAGAGUCCGCUAUGAGAUUUCUUCUAGGCUAAAGAAUAUCAGGUCUCGAGUAGAAGAUAUAUCUGCAAGGCAUCAGAGAUACCAGUCCACGUAUAGUACUUUCAGAAGGGGAUCCAGCUCUUCCGAUGCUACGGAAGAUGGAACGAGUUAUGUGAGGGGGAACGCACUUUUAGUUGAAGAAGCCAAGCUCGUUGGAAUCAAUGAGCCCAAAAGGGAACUCAUUUCACGAGUCCUUGCUGAUGAUUCCCACCUGAAGGUAAUUUCAGUGGUUGGUAUGGGGGGACUAGGUAAAACCACCUUGGUAAAAAGAGUCUAUGAAGAUCCUACUGUGAAGAGAAAGUUCCACUGCCAUGCUUGGUUAACUAUCUCUCAAACAUUUCACAUGAAGGUCAUCCUCAAGGACUUGAUUCAGCAGUUGCACAAUGAAAUCCGUGAACCAGUCCCUCAACAAGUGGAGUGGAUGGAGGGCAAUCAAUUGAGGGCAUUUGUCAAGGAUUUUCUGCAAGAGAGAAGCUACAGUAGUCGCAUAAUGCUGACAACAAGAAUUGCUGACAUAGCCAUCGGCUCAUGCAUAGAAUCCCGUGAUUACAUACACGAGAUGAAGCCUUUGCCUGUUGAAGAGUCCUGGAAUCUUUUCUGCAUUAAAACAUUUGGGGAUAAUUGCUGUCCUCAAAAUCUCGAGGAUGUUUCACGACGCAUUCUUAGUAAAUGCAAGGGCUUGCCACUAGCGAUUGUAGCAAUUGGUGGUCUUUUGGCUUUGAAGAACAAGAGCAAACUGGAUGAGUGGGAGAUGACUCAUCGGAGCCUUGGUGGAGAGCUAGAAGGAAUCGGCAAAUUGGAAAAGGUAAAAAAUAUACUACUUCUCAGCUACAAUGAUUUGCCUUUCUUCCUUAAAAGUUGUUUGCUGUAUAUAAGCAUUUACCCUGAAGACCAGAAAAUGGAUCCGGAGUUAUUAAUUCCCAGAUGGAUCGCAGAAGGAUUCAUACAUGAAAAGAAAGGAAUGACAACUACUGAAGUAGCCCUGGGGUAUCUGAAUGAACUUGUUAACAGAAGCUUAAUCCAAGUGGCAGAGUUCUACCGUGAUGGAGGUAUUAGAUAUUGCCGUGUCCAUGACAUUCUGCGCGAAAUCAUUCUGACAAAAUCAAGAGAAGAAAACUUUGUGAAUGUAGCUUCCUCAUGCUCAAGAGAUUGUGCAAGAUUGCCAGAUAAACCCAGACGCUUAGCAAUUCAUGGAUACAAUGAGAACCACCAAGAAUGCAAACACUUUCGGCAUCUUCGGUCUUUGGUGAUCUUUGGAUACACAGAUCCCCUGUUCAACUCCUCAUUGUCUAAGAUCUUAAGUGGUGGUCCAAAGAUGCUGAAGGUUCUGCAUUUAGAAGGAGCAAAAUUGACGAACAUCCCAAAGGAAGUUUUCCAACUAUUUCGUCUCAAAUUUCUAAAUCUAAGGGACACAGGAGUUCAAAUCAUUCCACCAUGCAUUGGUAAGCUUCAUAGCCUGGAAUACUUGAAUUUGAUUGGCACCAAAGUGAGGGAGCUGCCCGUUGGCAUUCUACAGCUCAGAAAACUUCGCAUUCUUUUAGUAUAUCACAUAGGCAAAGAUUUUGCUUUAUGCGGCGUUAAACCUCCUUCCCAAAUUGGAAAUUUACUCUUCUUGGAGAUUUUACAUUCAAUAGAUGCAGACCAUGACAAAACACUAGUAAUGGAAAUAGGAAAGCUCACUCAAUUAAGGAAGUUAGGCAUUUCGAAGCUGAGAAAAAUUGAUGGGGCGAUACUUUGUUCCUCUCUGGGGAAGCUGACUAAUCUCAGACAAUUGUGCGUUAAUUCAAUUAAAGAAGAUGAUACUCUUGAUUUGCUGCAUCCCAUCUCUCCAACCCCUCGAGCUCUUCAAGUGUUGGAACUGGGCGGCCGGUUAGAGAUGAUUCCACCGUGGGUGGCUUCUCUUCAAAACCUGACCACAAUUCAACUGUUUGGCAGCAGGUUGAGGCAUGAUCUUCUAGAGUCUCUUCAGAGUUUGCCAAAUCUGGUAGAUGUGUCACUCAAUAACGCAUAUGAAGGAGAGGAACUCUAUUUCAUGGCUGGAGGAUUUCAGAAACUCAAGAGAUUAGAGCUCACAAGAUUGCAGAAACUGAAGUGCGUGAGAGUGGGCGAUCGCGCAAUGCCUUGCCUCCAUAAACUAGUCAUGGCAGAGUGUAAAUUAGUGGAAAAACUACCAUGGGGAAUCCAAAACUUAAACGAGCUCAAAUCUCUUGGGCUUGCUGAUAUGAGCAAUGAGUUGAUAGUGAAGCUGCAGGAUAAAGGAAGUGAAGAAUAUCAAAAAAUUGCUCUCGUCUCCGAAGUUGUUAUUGCAAACUGGAAAGAUGGCAAAUUAUGGAAGCGUUUCCUAUAAAAAGAGGAAGAGAUCACUUUGUGGAAAGUUUCUUGUUGACUUAAGAUUGCUUUAAAGCCUGCAAUCAUACAAGUUUCUCUGACUCAAUGUUUUUUUUUUUUUAAUGCAUACAUCUUUGUUUGUAACUGAAUGUAAAGACCUUGCAUAUU